AUGGAUGGAGUUCGAACGUCUCUUCUGCGACAUAUGCAAUGCUGGCAUAGCCAUUGCCAAAGCAGGUACUCAAGCACAGUGACAAGCUGUCUUCCUCGAAAGAUAAAAGAUAUAUUUGACGACGGAAAGGCGGAACCGCUGCAAACACGUCAGCUCAACAGGAUUCUCUCAUUCGUUCGGGAAUCGCGACCACACUCAAGCCAGCGGUCUGCGCUGAUCAAAUGCUUACACAGAAGAAAAGCACACAAGGACGUAGUCCUGGUGGCAAAGUCUGCGCUUUUUGAUUUUAACCAUAAUCUUCAACCGGACGUUUCAGCAUACGAGCUCAAGAAGUACUUCAGUUCGCUUCUGUCAAUAGGAAAGAGCAUACAAAUGGAACAGGCUAUGUUUCAACUUAUAAAGCAGUUCUCGCUGACUAACAAGAGCAUGGUCACGAAUGUCAUAAAUGCGACAUUUGUUCAAUCAACUACCACAGAAAGUGUGUCUCAAGCGUUACUGACCUGGGUUCGAUUUAACAACUACCUGCAUGGGCAUGCGGACUUCACGAAUUACGAGCAAUACAAAUAUAUCUUGAAGACACUUCUAUUCUUCUUAAGGGCAGAAAAACCGGAACCACAUGUUUUAGCGGAAACUUUGAAUUUCGUGAAUUCUACGCAAGGGCCACUCAUCACUUCUCAAUUCGCAUCCACUCUAAUUUACUUGUCUUGCUACAACAGAGACUUUUCCGUUACAGAAAGUCUGUGGAACUACAAGCGAGAGAAAGAGUAUCCUAUCAUAAAAUCCGACUUAACUUCUAUUUGCAAAGCGUACGCUCAUUUUGAGAAGUUCGAACAAAUUCAGGCGGCGUGGUCGGAGUUCCCGGAUGCGCAAGACGACGCCCAGUUCGACUACCUGUUGAUAGCUCACGCUAAGCUACAAGACUGGGGGAACCUUCAAAACCAAUUCAAUGCCCUUUUUGGGAUAGGAGACCUUCCGAGUAUCAAUCACUAUGGUAUUGUGAUGUUUUCGAUUGCACAUUUGGGGGAAAGAGAAAUGGUUGAAAAAUUGUAUAAUCAGCUUCUCCGAAGAAAAAUGAUUCCAACGCUACCAGUUUUGCAAUCAUUGCUACAAGUGUGUUACAAGACGGGUGAUAUGAAUGGUUGUUUCCAACACUUUGAGCUCUUCAAGAAGUAUGGUAUUAAACCAACGCCGUCCACCUGCAACAUCAUGCUGCGUAUUUUUAGAAACCUGAGCGACAUUGACGGCUCUCUGAGGUUUCUAAAGAGAAUGACUGAAAAUGGUAUCGAGGUGUCCGAGAAACAUUUUUCAACGAUCAUCAACACAUGCGCGAAAACCACCAACUAUGCAAUUGCAGGGGAACUUUUUCAGGUAAUGAAAGAUCAUUAUGAUAUAAAACCCACGGGCUCCUCAGUGGCAGCCUUAAUGCAUGUGUACAUUAAGAGCGACCUCCCGCAAGAGGCAUUGAAGGUAUUCAAAGAGUAUCGAUACACCAAAGCGCCGUUAGAAUCUGAAAUAUCCAUUUACAACAAAGCUGUGGAGGCCUACAUGCGUAUGAAUCGUAGCGAUAUGUCCGAAAAGAUAUUUGAGCAAAUACUUUCAAAGAACUUGCCAGCCGAUUCUGAAUUUUACCGUGUCAUGAUCAAACAUUCGGCACUCUACAUGAAAGACUUCGAAACAGCGGAAAACAUCUUGACCCAGUUACUCUCACAUUCUAAGUUGAAGGCGACUCCUACGCAUUUUGAAGCAUUAAUGGGAGCUUACGAUAAAUACUCCAAUCGUCGUGGCGUUUUAGAUCUUUAUCAAAGGAUGUUGGAAAACAACGUGCCAGUGAAUUCAAAAGUUUUGUUUUACCUGAUCAAAGCUACCUUUAAAACAAGGCUAAGAUCAAGGGAAAAUUUGGAUGAGGCCAUCAGUCUUGUUGAUGACAUUAUGAGUCAAGCCGCAAACAGAACCCUUGAUAUUACGUUCGAAAAAUUGCAUCCAUCUGUUAUGGCAUGGCCUAUGAGAGCAGCUGCUAAAUACCACAGUCCUCUUAGGGCCCUCGAGCUCAUGAACAAAUAUAAUGAUAUGUUCUUCGACAAGACCGAUUCUGCUGAAAGCCGGCUUGUUGUGAUAAGAAGCUUAAUGGUCCUUUCAGCAGAGGUUCACCAGUGGGACGAUUUUCAAAAAUUCUUUGAGAGAUACAUGAACCGUAUUCAGUACUACCAGAAUUUGCCUUCAGCAACAGUUCGAAACAGAAACUUUGCAUCACUUUUAAGAGGAGUACUGACUUACAAAAUAAAGCAUCUUGUGGCAACCAAUCGCGCUACUGAGAUACCGGCUUUACUGGAGGAUGUUUCAGCCAAGAAUUUCGUCAUAGACAAUGAGGCUUGGAAUGAAGCGAUCACUAGCAUGUUUGCGGACAUGCGAACUAUUGGGAAAGGGCUACAAGCUGUCGAUACAAAGUUAAUUCAUGGUUUCAACUUAAUCCACAAGUACAGAUUGUUGAGAAAUAAAGCUGCCUCGAACACAUCUACGGAUAGAGGCUCUUGGUUUUUGGAGAAAAAGAGGCAAGCCCCUUCAUCAUACCAGCCCAAGUUGUACCUCAAAUCAAACGUCCUGGAAAAAACAUUUGAGUCAAUGGACAACUAUUUGAGCACGAUUAGCAACGUUGAGUCAGAGCUCAAAGACCUUACAUCGCGCUUCAAGUACUAUAUGAAAAGGUACCUGAUGCACCCAAGAAACAAAAUACCUGGGUGGAAUGAGAUAGAGGUGAAACACGCUGCAUACUUCCAAAAAUUGCGAGACUCUAAAAGGGCCAUCAGCCCUGAGGAGCUCUCAUUUUAG